GGUGGGCGAACAAACAGAGAUUACGGUCUCUGCGAGGUUUGGAAGAAGGAACAUUUCACCAAUAAAUGGAGGAAGAAAUGUGGAAGAGGGAAGUGGAGGUGGUGGAGUCGUCGGAAGAGGAACUACGAAGGCGAAGGCUUGAAGAGGAGGCCCUGGAAGUCAAAUCUCUCAGGCGUAUUAUCAGCGCUUAUCUCAACUAUCCUGAUGCUGCAGAGGAGGAUGUCAAACGUUAUGAAAAAUCUUUCCGAAGGCUUCCACCUGCCCACAAGGUGUUCUAUUUUCCAUAUUGGGCUCUGUUGUCCCACCUCCCUAUAAAAUUUCAAAAGCUGAGAUGGUGUAUUUCGAAAAAUUCUUUUUUCAUAUUCAACAUGCUUCAGGCAUUUGAACCCCCAAUUGAUAUGAGCCGGGACAUUGACAUUUGUGACCAUCAAAAUUUGAAGAAUACCCCUGACAGCAAUCCAUUCUCUGUUGAAAGAAAUGUUUGUUCAUGUCCAUCUGACUUGACAGAUGGAAGAGUAUCUUUAGUGGAGUCUGAUGAAACUAGUUGUGGUGAAGCUAGCAAUUUGACAUGCCAAUCCCCUCAUAAGGAGGUGAAAACUGUACAGUUCAAUGGACCCAGUGCGGGUAACUGUUCUGCACCCUCAGAGUGUGACAAAAGCAUCAGUGAAGCUGGUGGCAACAAUGUUGAGACUAUAAUCAAUCAGGCAACCAGUUCUGUUAAUGAUUUGAAUCAAAAUGUAUCCUCAUCACCUCCCGAUUGGUUAGAUCCAUCAUUUCAGUUGCAUGUUCCCUUAGUUGACGUGGAUAAGGUUCGCUGCAUUAUCAGGAAUAUUGUAAGAGAUUGGGCAGCUGAGGGACAGAAAGAACGUGACCAGUGCUACAAGCCUAUUCUUGAAGAGCUCCAAGUUCAAUUCCCAGAUCGACGGAAGGAAAGCCCUCCUGCCUGUUUAGUUCCUGGUGCUGGUCUUGGUAGGUUGGCUUUGGAAAUUUCUUGUCUAGGUUUUAUAAGCCAGGGCAAUGAGUUCUCAUACUACAUGAUGAUUUGCUCAAAUUAUAUUCUUAACCAGACACAGACUGCUGGGGAGUGGACAAUAUAUCCUUGGAUUCAUAGCAAUUGUAAUUCACUGUCGGAUAGUGAUCAGCUUCGUCCGGUUCCAAUUCCAGAUAUUCAUCCAGCUAGUGCAGGGAUUACUGAAGGAUUUUCUAUGUGUGGUGGUGAUUUUGUUGAAGUCUACAGCGAUCCAAGCCAAGUAGGAGUGUGGGAUGCAGUUGUGACCUGUUUCUUCCUUGAUACAGCACACAACAUCGUUGAAUACAUUGAGAUAAUUUCAAGAGUUCUCAAAUAUGAUGGGGUUUGGAUAAACUUGGGGCCUCUCCUUUACCACUUUGCUGACAUGUAUGGACAAGGAGAUGAGAUGUCAAUUGAAUUAAGUUUAGAAGAUGUAAAAAGAAUUUCUUUCCAUUAUGGAUUUGAGUUGGAGAAAGAGGAGAGCAUUGAGACAACCUAUACCACAAACCCUCAAUCCAUGAUGCAAAACCGUUACUAUACUGCAUUUUGGGUGAUGAGGAAGAAGGGCGCGUUCAAGGAAACAACAAAAAAGGAACAACAGACUCCAUGAUUCUCUCUUUUCUCCUAUUUGGCACCAUUCCCGUGAUGAGAAUUCCUCUGAAAGACACUUCUUGUUGCUACUGUUAGUAUGCUUUCCCUCCUGACCUUGUUAUCAGACAUUGGAGCUGCAUCUAGAUUGAAAUGCUGCUACAGCUCAAGACAUUGACCAAAGGCACAACAUACAUAUAUUUUCAACCAUUCAUGUACCUUUGCAAGUUGCAAUUCUCCCUCCAGGGAAGAGUUGACAACUGUUGUUCUAGUUAAUUUUCUUCCCUUAUUGAUUAGUAGUUGUGUUCCUUCCAUUUUGCUGUCUCUGGAUCAUCUGCCCUUUGCAAUUCAUCAAGGGUAAACUUUUCACGUGC